AUGCUCUGGAAAGACCAACUGCAGCAAGAGGCUCUACAAAGGGCAUUAGCGCAAUCUCUGGGCAAAGACAACUACUUUUACGUUGGGUCGUGUAGGGAAUUCAUCUCGAAGGUGAUCUGGAAGAUGAACAAGACAAGAGGAAAAAGGCACUUCUCAGCUGGUCCCUGGGAUGAAUUCCUUACGCGACUAAUACUUAGAGGAGGAAAAAUUGAAAGAGAGACGGCGUCGUAAGCAGAUUACAGGUCUGCCUCCGAUGGCACGAAGCCGAACGGCUCCCGGGCUGGGUCGAUCGUCGCUCUUCGCACCAGGAGACUUGAAUUCGUUCUGUACGAACGCAGGAGAACAACAAGCAGACAAUAACAUCAACCAGGCUGUAGUACAAAAAAAAUCAACCACACACGGAGCAGGAC